UUGAAACUGAAAACUAUAACUCUAUACUCUCAAAAACUAGCUUUCUAAAAUCUAAACCGAAAAUGGCGGAGAAAAGCAAGAUUGUGAUCAUUGGCGGAACAGGGUACAUCGGUAAAUUCAUCGUGGAAGCCGCCGCCAAAUCCGGGCACCCCACCUUCGCUUUGGUGAGGGACAGCAGCCCCUCCGACCCCGCCAAAGCCCAGCUCAUCCAAGGCUUCAAGGACUCCGGCGUCACCCUUCUCUCUGGUGAUUUGAACGAUCACGAGAGUUUGGUGAAGGCUAUAAAACAAGUGGAUGUGGUUAUAUCUACAGUCGGACAGCUGCAGUUGGCCGAUCAAGACAAGAUCAUAGCCGCCAUUAAAGAAGCUGGAAACGUCAAGAGGUUCUUCCCUUCGGAAUUCGGGAAUGACGUGGAUCGCACGCGUGCGGUGGAGCCGGCCAAAUCAACUUUCGAGAUCAAGGCCAACAUACGCAGAGCUAUUGAGGCGGCAGCCAUUCCUUACACCUAUGUGUCGUCCAACUACUUCGCCGGCUACUCGCUGCCGACGCUUGCGCAGCCGGGCGCCUGGGCGCCUCCGCCGCCCAAGGACAAACUAGUCAUUUAUGGGGACGGCACUGCUAAAGCUGUGUUCAACGAAGAACAUGACAUUGGCACAUAUACCAUCAAAACUGUGGAUGAUCCAAGAACUUUGAACAAGGUCCUCUACAUCAGGCCUCCGAAAAACAUCUACUCGUUCAACGAGCUCGUUGCUUUGUGGGAGAAGAAGAUAGGCAAGACCCUCGAGAAAGAGUUCUUUCCAGAAGAUCAAAUCUUGAAGAAAAUUGAAGAAUCACCAAUUCCGGUGAACAUCAUACUAGCCAUCAACCACUCGACAUUCGUUAAGGGAGACCAAACCUACUUCACAAUCGAACCCUCCUUUGGUUUUGAGGCUUCAGAGCUCUAUCCAGAUGUGAAAUACACCACUGUGGAGGAAUACCUUGAUCAGUUUGUCUGAGAAGAAGAUGAUCAUCUAUCAUGGAGCUUACAUUGUCCAUUUCUUGAUUGGCAAUUUGUUAUAAUCAAGAAACUUUGUCAUAUUUUAAUGUGUGUGUUUUGUUUGAUUUCGCUUGUUAAUUGAUAUCUCCUCUACAUUUCACAUGUGAGCUCUAAAGAAAUAAAAUUCCAAUUCGGUA